AUCUUUGACGUAAAGUGUAAACAUCUGUGCAACACGUGUGAGUGUAUACAAAACGUAUGAGUUGUAGUAAACGCUAAACAGCAUUAAAAUGGGGAAGAAGACAAAAAUUGGAAAACAACGUCGAGAUAAAUACUAUAAACUUGCAAAGGAAACAGGGUUCAGGUCUCGUGCUGCGUUCAAACUUAUACAGCUGAAUCGUAAAUUUGAAUUUUUACAAAAAUCUCGAGUAUGUAUAGAUUUAUGUGCAGCACCUGGUGGAUGGAUGCAAGUGGCCAAGCAGAACAUGCCAGUAUCAAGUAUUGUCCUAGGUGUGGAUUUAUUUCCUAUCAAGCUAGUGCCAGGCUGUAUAAGUAUUCAGGGCGAUAUCACAACUGACAAAUGUCGCUUGGCAAUACAGAAGGAACUUCAGACGUGGAAGGCAGAUGUUGUGUUGAAUGAUGGUGCACCAAAUGUUGGUAAAAAUUGGUUACAUGAUGCAUACCAGCAGGCAUGUCUUACCUUAAGUGCACUUAAACUGGCAACUAAUUUUCUCAGGAGAGGUGGUUGGUUUGUUACAAAAGUUUUUCGCUCCAAGGAUUACCACCCAUUAAUAUGGGUUUUCAAACAACUGUUCAAAAAGGUUCAUGCAACAAAACCUCAAGCAUCUCGUACAGAGUCAGCAGAAAUAUUUGUUGUGUGUCAGCAUUACUUGGCACCUGAUAAAUUGGAUCAUCGUUUUGUUGACGCCAAAUAUGUAUUUGAGGAGCUAGAAAUUGAACCUAAGAAUAAUAAAAUGAGUGUGUACCAUCCAGAAAAAGUUAAGAAGGCAAAGGCAGAGGGUUAUCCUGAAAAUAAUUAUACAUUGUACAAUAAACUUCUUGUGUCAGAUUUCAUAGCUAGAGACAAUCCAGUAGAUUCACUGCAGUAUGCAUCUGAGAUUGUUUUUGAUGAUGAUGCUGUGGCCAAUCACCCAAAGACAACACCUGAAGUGAAAGAAUGUUGCAAAGAUAUAAAAGUCCUCGGGAGGAAGGAUUUUCGUUUAUUAAUGUCAUGGUGGAAAGCAAUGAAAGAAGCUUUUGGUACUAAAGAAGCAGAGGAAAAUGAACAAACUCAAGCAAAUGGAGUUGCUGAAGUAAAUGAGAUUGACGUGGAUCCUGAAGAAGCAGAGAUGAAUGAACUUUCUAAACAGAUAAGUGAGCUGCAGGCAGAGGAACAAAGAGAAAGCAAGAGGAAAAGAAAACGUGUUAAUAAAGAGCGGAAAAAAUUACAAGAUCGACUCAACUUGAAGAUGGUUCUGAAGGGGGAUGAAGGCCCAAGAGAUGAAGGAGAAGAAAUGUUUGACCUGAAAAAAGUGGACAGUGCGAAGAAACUGGAAUCGGUCUUGGAGCAGGCGCCAGAUGUUUUAGCAGAAGAUGAACCAGAUUCAGAUGAAGAGUUGAUGCGAAAACCAAAGGUUGUUGCCUUUGACAGACAUGGAGAAGAUUACCUAGAUAGUUCAGGAAAAUUCUACAGACAGGAAGAAAGUGAUAUUGAGAUGGAGACAUCAGAUGAGUCUGACUAUGGUGAAAAGGAAAGUUUAGGAUUAAGUGGAACAGACAUGAGUGAUGAUGAUGAAGACUUAUACAAGAAGGAUGACAAGGAUAAGAAUGUACUGAUUACUGAUUUAGACCACAGGAGCAAAAAACAAAAGCGAACACACAAAGCUCAGUUGUGGUUUGAAAAGGAUAUUUUUAAAAACUUAGAAAAUGAGGAUGAUGAAGAUUUUGAGUUAGAUAAAUUGGUUGAAGACUUCAAGAGAAAAGGAGGUAAAAUAAUUGGAGAAGAAAGUGCACCAGAAAAUCACAGCAAAGAAGUGAAUAAAUUCAAAACAGUUAAAAACGCCAGUCAAGUCAAUAAUAAUACUGAAGAUAACAGUCACAUGAAUACUCUGUCUGCUGCAAGUGAUGAUACUGAUACCGAUACAGAUGAUGACAGCGAUUACGAUGUUGAAAAUCACCUCCCUCCUUUAUCAGUAGCUACUUCAAAACAUACUCAUGGAAAAGAUGACUUCGAAAUAGUUCCCAAGGAACAGCAAAACAAAAUUCGCAAACGUAAAUUGGAUGAAGAAGGCUUAGCAUUAGGAACGAUGCUCAUUACAUCAAAGAAGAUGAGGCGAGAAUUGAUUGAUGCUGGUUGGAAUAGGUACACAUUUAAUGACGAAAACCUGCCAGACUGGUUCGUGGAAGAUGAGAAAAAGCAUAUGAGGCGAGAACUGCCUGUUCCUAAGGAGCUUGUAGAUGAAUACAAGAAGAGAAUGGAGAACCUCAAUGUCCGACCAAUAAAGAAAGUAAUUGAAGCCAAAGCACGAAAGAAGAAGCGAGCAUUGCGGAAGCUUGAAAAAGCAAAAAAGAAGGUGGAGGCACUCAUGGACAAUGUUGAUGUUUCUGAUCGUGAAAAAGCCAAGCAGAUCAGGCAGCUGUACAAGAAGGCGAAGGGCAAAACCAAGAAAGAAGUUACAUAUGUUGUUGCAAAGAAACACACAGCAGGAAAAAGGUUUAGAAGACCGCCAGGAGUUAAAGGCCAUUACAAGGUAGUGGAUCCAAGAAUGAAAAAGGAUAAUCGUAGGGCUAAGGCAUCUAAAGGGAAAGUACGAAAAAAUAAGAGAAACUCGGCUGGUGGUAAUCAAAGGAAGAAUAUGAAAUCUACGGGCAAGAAAAAUGUUUCAAAAGCAAAAUGAUUUUUUUAAAAAUUGCACAUAUGUACAUUGUGUAAAUAUACAUUGUAAAUAUUCAGAAAUCAUAGAUUGUGUAAUGGAGACCUCAUCAGUUUUGACACGUCAUUUUUCCAAUCAGAACUUUGUCAUUGGUUGACUUUGAGUUCCAUCUCUGUGUUAUGUGGUUGUGACAUUCACUGCAGAUCUUACAGUUUAUUGUUGUUAUAUAACAGUGAUACAUUAUUUGCCUAGGUUUAUUGUCUUUAGAUGUUCAUUUAUAAAAGAGCCUGCAUUUGUGAAUGCAAAAUUUUGUACAGUUAACAGUUUGUUUCUAACAAACAACAUUUUGGACAGAAAUACUUGCAAUGUAAAUUAUUUGCAACUGUGUGAGUUCUUAGCUAUGAUAGUAGUAUAGUGACUUGUAUCUGUCUUAAUGUUGAUAAUGUUAUUGACACACCUGUUUCAUUCAUAUAAGAAAGCUUAAGUUGGAUCUAAGUGGCAAAAGCUUGAUGUGUGGCGUAAGUUUUUAAAAGUGUUUCUUUUUUUGAUAACACUGUCUAGUGACAAUGUGUUAUUGUUGUUCUGUAAAAAUUGAAAUUCUUCUCAAAUUUUAUAUUUACUAGUUCCCUUAUUUAUCAGUGAAAUUCUUCAGAUGUCAAUAAAAAUUUCCUCAAGUUU